AUGCCUCCUAUCUCGGCUUACUUCGCCCAUCUGGUCGAUUCACUCGACAAAUGGGCGUCGUAUACGCGAGAUGUCAUUGACCAGACAUCUUUCAAGACACUGGCCGGCGUAGCAGGAAUUAUCUCGUCAACAGCGACAUCAACGUCUCCGACCUCAGCAAUAGCCGAUCUUUCCCGAUGUUCUGGCUAUGAGCUGAAACACGUCGCACAGACGACAUCGUCGAUAACCGCAAGUUUGCAACUGGCCGUUGAGUAUCAAAAUAACGGCCGCCUUCACGUCAAAAUCUACGAUGCCGCAGAAGACGUGUACCAAAUACCGCCGGAAGUACUUUCCUUUCCGCAAGGAAGCAACGACACGGCGGAUCCGCUACUGAAGUUCUCAUACACCGAAUCACCCUUUUCAUUCACAGUACAACGCAGCGACACUAAUGAGACAUUAUUCGAUACAUCCGCUAACCCGCUAAUCUUUGAACCGCAAUUCGUCCAUUUGCGCACCUGGAUGCCAACAGAUCCGUAUAUCUAUGGACUAGGCGAAGACGUAGAUUCGUUCCGUCGUCAGACGAAUAAUUACAAGCGGACCAUCUACAACGUGGGAGAUGCAUUUUUACCCAAAAAUGCCAACUUGUACAGCAGUCAUCCGAUAUACCUCGAAAUGAGGGAUGGGCAAGCACAUGGCGUCUACAUUGCGAGCAGUAACGGAAUGGACAUUUUUAUCAGCAAAACCGACAAGGGUCAGCAGUACCUAGAGUAUAAUUUGAUCGGCGGAGUUUUGGAUUUUUACUUUUUUGCUGGGCCUAGUCCGUUUGAUGUUGGACGACAAUAUGCAGAGGUUGUUGGUGCGCCCGCGGAACAAGCAUACUGGACGUAUGGAUUCCACCAGUGUAAAUACGGAUAUCAAGAUGUCAUGAUGGUCGCUGAAAUGGUGUACAACUACUCCGAGGCAAAUAUUCCUGUUGAGACCGUAUGGUCCGACAUUGACUACAUGAACCUACGCCGCACUUGGACGCUGGAUCCCGAGCGGUUUCCAAUCCACAAAGUGCGCGAGCUUGUUGAUUAUUUACAUGAAAAUGACCAACACUAUGUAGUCAUGGUGGAUCCACCUAUAUCAGUCGACGACCCAGCCACUUAUGACAAACUCCUGGAGAGUGAGGCUUAUUUCAGAAAUAACGAUGGCUCGGUGUUUCUUGCGGGCAUGUGGUCUGGUGCCACGGCGUUCGUGGAUUGGUUCCAUCCAAACGCACAGGACUAUUGGAGCAGUCUGAUCUUGUCAUUCUUUGAUGAAAAGACAGGUGUCGACGUGGAUGCGAUCUGGAUCGAUAUGAAUGAGCCCGCAAACUUCUGCCCAUAUCCAUGCGAAGACGCAAUAUCCUGGUCCAAAGCCGCAGGAGUACCCCCCUCACCACCACCAUUGCGCGACUCGUGGCGCGAAUUACCCGGAUUUCCGGAUGAUCUGCAACCACCCAGCGCAAAAAGCAUAAGCAAACGAUCAGCUAGCGGAGAACGGAUCGGAUUGCCCGGGCGAGAUCUGCUGAAUCCUCCUUACCCACUCGGUACGGUCGAUGGCAUCAUUUACGGCGGCACGAUAUUCACUGAUAGGUAUCAAUACGGCGGGUACGCAUUCUACGACACCAAGAACCUCUUUGCAUCGAGCAUGAUGCAAGCCACGCGAAACGCCAUGCUAGAGCGCCGACCUAACAAACGCCCACUCAUCAUUUCGCGAUCCUCAUUUGCAGGAGACGGCAAGCGAUCAGGCCACUGGACCGGCGACAAUAUCUCCUCCUGGGACCACUACCGCAUCUCCAUCCGGCAAAAUAUGGAAUUCGCCGCCAUAUUCCAAAUGCCCACCAUCGGCGCUGACGUGUGUGGCUUCAACUUCGAGACCUGGGAGACACUUUGUACGCGCUGGGCCGUGCUCGGGGCAUGGUACCCCUUCUAUCGGAACCAUGCCGACAUCACCGCGCCAUUUCAAGAAUUCUAUCGCUGGCCUCAAGUCGCCGAUGCAGCGCGCGAUGCGAUAAGGACUCGGUAUCAAUUGCUGGAUUAUUUCUACACGGAAUUUCAUUACCAGACUGUCGAUGGGACGCCGAGUACUAUCCUACCUGUGUUUUACCUCUUCCCGCAUGACCCCGUGACGUUGGAUAUUGAAUUGCAGUUCUUUUACGGCCCGGCUUUGCUGAUCUCGCCAGUCACAGACGAUGAAUCGACCAGCGUCACGUUCUACCUGCCGAAGGGGAUAUGGUACGAUUUCUGGACGGGGGAAAAACUCACCAUCGGCUCAUCAUCUUCCUCAACCACGAGUCCAACCGAGAAGAAAGAAGAAGGAGAAUGGAUAAGCCAGCAUAACGUCCCGUUCUCGUCAAUACCAGUCCACAUCCGUGGAGGCAGCAUUAUCCCUUUGCGCACAAACGGCGCAAAUACGACUACUCAACUACGCAAGCUCGAUUUUGAGUUGAUUGUUGCACCUGACGAGGACGGCAAAGCGGUGGGAAGGUUGUGGCUUGAUGAUGGAGAGAGUGUUGAUACGGGCAGUGAUACAAGUGAGAUUGUGUUUGACUAUGAUGGCAAGACGAAGAAGUUGAGGGUUGGAGGACGAUUUGGGUAUGAGGCAGGUGUGAAAAUCAGCAAGGUGACUGUGCUGGGUGAGAGUGGUAGUAGUGCUAUUCCUGGGGGACAGGGGCAAGGGCAGAGUCCCCUCGGAUCUGCAAAGGGAGGAGGGUAUGGUAAGAAGGUGAGUGUGGACAGGGGAUUGGAUGAGGGUUUUAGUGUUUCUAUCGGUUAG